CGUGCUGCUGCCUAGCAACGAAGAAACCUACGUCUCGAGUCGCAGCGAUCUCCAUCCUAGAUCAUGAGCGCAAGACAGAUAAUCCAAGUCUUUGAGAAUUACCAAAAGGCGAGAAUACAGUUUGUACAGACCGUGGCUGAGCUGAGUUCGCGCCCACAAAACAUCGAGAUACUACAGAAUGCGGGAGUCAUGUCAUUGCUGCGGCCUCUCUUGCUUGAUGUCGUCCCUACUGUCCAACAGACGGCAGCUCUGGCGCUCGGACGGUUGGCAAACUAUAGUGAUGACUUGGCAGAGGCGGUUGUGAAGGGAGACAUCCUGCCCCAACUUGUCUACAGUCUAGCAGAGCAGAAUCGAUUUUACAAAAAGGCAGCGGCAUUUGUGUUGAGAGCUGUUGCGAAGCAUUCGCCUCAGCUUGCUCAAGCGGUUGUGGACUCGGGUGCAUUGGAUGCUCUUGUGGUGUGUCUCGAAGAGUUUGAUCCGGGAGUGAAGGAGGCAGCAGCAUGGGCAUUAGGAUACAUUGCAAGACAUAAUGGGGAGCUGUCUCAAGCUGUUGUCGAUGCUGGUGCCGUUCCUCUGCUUGUGUUGUGCAUCCAAGAACCUGAAAUGUCAUUGAAGCGAAUUUCGGCAUCAGCUCUAAGUGACAUCAGCAAACAUUUGCCAGAAUUGGCUCAAACUGUUGUAGAUGCAGGAGCUAUUGCUUACCUGGCACAGAUGAUUCACAGUUCUGAUGCAAAGCUAAAGCGCCAAGUCUUCUCCGCUCUCAGUCAGAUUGCAAAACACUCAGUAGAGUUAGCAGAAAUGGUCGUGGAAGCAGAGAUAUUCCCUUCUAUCCUCAUUUGCUUGCAAGACUCCGACUUGUAUGUGCAGAAAAACUGUGCGACAUUGAUUCGAGAAGUUGCUAAGCACACCCCCGAAUUGUCACAGUUGAUAGUAAAUGCCGGUGGCAUUGCUACUGUUGUUAAUUACAUUGCACAGUCGAGUGGCAAUGUGAGACUGCCGGGUAUCAUGAUGUUGGGAUAUGUUGCUGCUCAUUCUGAGACUCUUGCUAUGGCUGUCAUUGUGUCGAAGGGUGUUGUUCAACUGGCCAUUGUGUUAUCUGAAGAGAACGAAGACCAUGUCAAAGCUGCAACUGCUUGGGCUUUGGGACAAAUCGGUCGACACACACCUGAACACAGCAAAGCAAUUGCUACAUCAAACGUCCUAUCUAAGCUCCUUCAAUGCUAUGUGGAUGUAAAUAGCUCUGAAGAUCUACAGAAUAAGUCAAAGAAAGCGUUGAAGGGUAUCCUCCAGAAGUGUGUUCAUCUGCCGGCUCUGGAGCCUUUGCUUCAUGACGCGCCUCCGAAUAUACUCAAGCACGUUGUUGGUCAGUUUUCGAAGGUUCUGCCGCACGACGCGAAGGCCCGUCGUCUAUUUGUAACAAGCGGAGGACUGAAGAAAGUGCAGGAGAUCAGAGCUGAAGCAGGCAGCGCUCUAUAUGAUUAUAUAAUGGCAAUAAACAAUUGUUAUCCAGAGGAGAUUGUGAGGUAUUACUCUCCCGGCUACUCAGACAAGCUACUAGAACGGAUCGACCAGUACAAUCCUGCCACGAUGCAGUGAAAUGUAUUGCUGUAUGUCGUGUUGUUAUCUUGCUGCAUGUCUGUGUAUUCAUCAGUAGUGUGACAUGGUAGUUAUAUAGUUAUACAUUGUACAUGCAUGUAUGUAUACACAGACCCGAACAUCCAACAUGACACAGAUUAGAUGGUGAGCGUAGUGAGUGUGAUAGUGAGGCCUCAUUGUUAUCAAUAUGUAAGUAGCAAUAGAAAUGGGAUGACUCUUUCAAUGCA